AUCGUAACCUAACAAAAGAAAUGCUUAAAGUCACUGCACUUGAAGAGGAAAUUCAAACUCCAUUAAACAUACACAGAUGGCGAAAACUCGAGGGUACAGAUCCUACCACCUUUGAGCUUGUUAAAAAAGUACAGAUUCUACAAGAACGUAUUUUGAAAAUGUCCACUGACAUAAUUCAGAAAGAAAGGAAGCUAAACGAUACUGAAAAAUUAUAUAUGAAUCUUCGUGACGUUUUGUCAAAGCAACCAAAUUUGCAGAAAGAGACAAGCUUAAAUAAGGUUCAAAAUAUCUUACGUAAAAGGGGAGAGAAGAUCAAGUGUCUCACCGCGGAGCUGAAUAUGUAUGAAUCCCAAGUAGGCGGAUUUAAAGAUGACAUGACAACAAUGACCAAUGAGAUGUGCGAGUUGACGAAAAUAUUUCAUGCACAAAAAAGGAAACUCCAAAAAAUUAAAGAAAUGAAGUCUACUUAUAAAACUAUGCUUCCAGAUAUUUUGGUAGGUACUAAAAAAUUUUAUGGAGGCGGCUUCAAGAUAAAGACAUUUAGUUCAAAAAUUCAUUGUACGACGGACUCCUCAGCAAGCAAGUAAAACAAAUACGUACAAUAAAAUAACCAU